AUGAGGAGCUCAAGCUCAACCCCAGUAACGGCAGCGUCCUUCCUGGCGUUGUUAACCUCGUCGUCGCUCACCUCGCUGGUAGUCAACGCGCGAACCGUCGCGUUCACGAGCUACUUCGAGGACGACUCGUGCUCCGGGACGCAAUGCCACUUUGCGCCACUAGAAAUCGACUCGGUGCUUACUACGCCUCAAUUCAUCUACGAGGAGGACGUCGACAGCUGCGAGUUCACGGACUGCAGCACCUUAAGCAUCGACGCGUCGGCCAAUUCCAGUCGCGUCGACUGCUACGGCAACGACCGCGCCGAGACGGCUGCGCUCUACGCUGAGGCGGACGCGCCCUACGUGCUGAUGGAGCAGUACACGCCCGCCAACACUUGCGACACGUUCGCCAGUGGGCUGGCGUUCUACGCCGACGGAGUGUGUCGCGCUCUACCCAACGUCACGACCUACACGGCCGCCAUAGCGGUCGUCCACCAGAACCUGUCGGUAGAACUGCAGCUGUUCAGCGACACGAGCUGCACCGAGUCGGUGAGCGACAUGACCGUCGCGAGUACUGAUGUAGAGUGGACGUGCUUCGUGGGGUAUUCUACCUCGUACGGACUCGUGUACUACACAACGGCCUCCCGGUCGUACAGCAGCUCGAGCGGUGACCCGAACGCGAGCACUACUGGAUCGGAUGUUGUCAUUGUGUCGGCUGAGUCGGGCAGUGGGGAUUCUACUUCUGGUUCUACGUCUUCGUCGGGUAGUAUAACCGCAGUUCCGAGUACGCAGAGCUCCGGUUCUACCUCGUCGGUGGGCGCGGGAGUGAUCGCUGCUAUUGUCGUUGGGUGCGUUGUCGUCGUGCUGUUGAUUGUGGGGGUUAUUUGGAGGAAGAGGAGAGCGAGGUCAACCAGGAAGAACAGCACUACUGCGGAGUUAUUGGCCCAUGACACUCAAGGUAGAACGGCGUCGACCCAGCACGGGACCAAGUCGGAGCAAAUGCUGGAUUCAGGUCUCUGGAACGACGAAAUUAUCGUGGCGGCGCGAAUCCCGAGGGAGAAGGUUCUACUGCACGAGAAGAUCUCCCGUGGUGGGUAUGGAGAAGUUUACGUCGGGACGUUCAAUGGCCGACGCGUGGCGAUCAAGAUGUUGCUGCCUGAAACGAGGAAGAAGAUCCAGAGUGUGAACGAUUUCUUGGCGGAGGUGAAGCUCAUGGCGUCGCUGGAGCACCCACGGAUCGUCCAGUUCAUUGGCGUGGCCUGGAACUCGCUCACGGAUCUUUGCGUCGUGUCCGAGUUCAUGGUAGGGGGAGAUCUGCGAGCGUUGCUGAGCAGGUAUAUCGCUGAGGAUCGACCUUCUGGGUUUGACUACAACAAGGUGAAGAUCGCUCUCCACGUCGCCCACGCGCUCACUUACAUGCACUCGCUCGACCCGCCGAUGGUGCAUCGCGACUUGAAAUCGAAAAAUAUUUUGUUGAAUAAUGAUCUGGACGCGAAGCUGACGGACUUUGGGGCGUCAAGAGAGCGUAUCGACCGGACCAUGACGGCUGGAGUCGGCACGUCGCUCUGGAUGGCGCCUGAGAUGAUGACUGGGGAGAAAUACAGCGAGAAGGCGGACAUGUUCUCGUUCGGCGUGGUGCUGUCGGAGCUAGACUCGAAUGCGCUGCCCUAUGCGAAUGCAGGCAAGGGUCGUCAGGGCUCUGACCUGGUGGUGCUACAGCUUGUGAUGCAGGGAAAGCUUCAGGUGGAGUUUUCAGAUUCCUGUCCAUCGAUUAUUGCAGAGCUUGGUAUGGGCUGUGUAUCUAGGGACCCGACCGCUCGUCCAGCAGCAGCCCAGGCGCAGUAUUAG